UGUAUGUUCACUCACACGAACAGUCUGGCUUUGCUGCAGUACUGUCACAACUGUUGCUUUCUUGGCCAAGUUAUUCCAGCAGAGACACGGUAAAGCACUGGUUCUAUACCGAGGUUAACGUGGAUGCUCACUUCGUUAGACUCUGGCGCACAUUUUGUUGCGAUCUUCGUCCUGGCUUUGAUACGGUCUGUACGAAUUCGUCAUCAUUCCCUCCGUGUUGCCCAAAGCCCCCGUUCCAGAAGACGGGGCUUCACGGACACGGAGGGCUGCGUGAUACCGGUUCUCUUUCGGAUUCCGACGGCCAGCGCGGCCCGUAGCCUCACGCGAGGGGAACAGCCAAGGAGAGCAAAAAGGAUAACGACAACAGGACCUUUCAUAAAACAUUAAGCCUUCCUCAUAACAAAAUCACUUCCACCACCUGCCAAUUACACGUGCGCCGCAGUCCACCCGAAACACAAAGCGCGAGGGCAGCUCACACUCCACGACAGAGGAGCGACGGCACAGGAUGCCUUUAAUUUCCAUCCGCGGGAGUAAUCGGGCCAUUUAUAUUCCGCAGUUCAUGAUUUAAGAGAGCGGCGGUGGAAAGUCGAUAUUCAGCCCAUACAGGCAUCAUUGCCGCAGCCACAGGGUUGUAUAAGUCACUUUACCUUCUGAUUUAUGAACGACGGCUACAAGACUUGACUUGCUACGGCACUGUAAUAUAUCCCGAACUGAACAUUAAUCCCCUCCCGAUAACCUUUACAAUGGAGGAACAUUCCCGUAAAAUCAUAAAAUACCAUUUCUGCAUAUCUCAGCGUAUCUAAUGACUCUUGUCACACAUUUGGAUUCUGUCUGAACCCCAAAAUCACUUGUAAACCCGACGCGGCUCAAUCCGCCGCUCUUCAUUUCUCAUUCAUUCUUUCAACGUCGGGAAAAUAAACCUCCCUUGAACUCCAACUACUGCAUCCACAUGGUCUGCAGCCUUGAAUGAACACGCCUUUCAAGGGAGAAACAAACAAGAUUUUUGGAUUAAUUCCGGUCUCUAAAUUGCCUGGUUAUAUAAGUCAUUUUUUAUCUCUGAAAAAAGUUGUCAUAUUUUUAAUCCCGACUUCUGAAACUAAUGCUCCCCCGUGGGGACUCGGAAGAUCCAGUACACCGCUUACUUUACCAAGAUGCUCUUAUGUCCAGGCCUCAUGCCAUGUAAUUAAACCGCUUGCGUACUCCCACACGCGCGCGUCAUCGACGGCUUUAAAAUCCACAAGGACCCAGGCCCGGGUUCAUCUCCUUUUGCCGUUUUCGGGACUCCGCUAACGAAGAGACGCGAGUAAAUAAACUUCACGCGGUACCGCCGCCGCGUGGCACGUGCUACAACCUCACCGGAACCGACCCGAGCCGAGCGGUCCCCCGACGGACCGCAGGCUGCCAUCGCUCCUUUGUCCUCGGCGGCGCGGUCGCCCUUCCCGGGGGUAACUCCCGAGUUGCCGCGCCAUUCACCUCUCUCCGGCUAACCGCCGGUCCCGGGAGACCAAAGUAGCAAACAAUGAAACUUAGAGCAGCAUAAUUAAUAUGACGAAAAGGGAAGAGAGCAGAAUGGGAGGACGAUAAAUUAAAUAUGGCAAUAUCUGCCAAAAGGGGCGACUGAGAUCAGUCGAGCCACGGGGAGCGGAGCUCAGUCAGCUGCUGCUUGCGAGAGGCGUCGCCUCCAAUCCUACGCUUCCCACGCUCCCGGUUCAGCCCGAGGCGGAAACGCGAGCGACGCUCGUAUCGGGAAGGAUGGCGGAAAAGGAGACCUCGGAUUUAACGUCGGCCGCAACGCUCCUCUGAGGAACGCCUCCGUAUUUCGCGGAAGCAAGAUGGAACGCCUGGGUGGGACGACGAACCGAUAAAUUCCUGGGAAUUCCAGUCCUCGCCACAUUUAUGGCAUAUAGGAAAGUGGGUUGCAGCCCUGCGUAUGUGGCAGUAAACCUUCACAGAGAAGCACCGAGCCAGAACAGAACAAAGAUUUAUCACAACAUGUCAAAAACGGUUUCUGCAUGGAGUGCGAAUAAUAUACUUUAAAAGUGCAGGAAUCGAAGUCAUCGCAGCGAGUGCCAACUUAUGGCAUUUUCCACAAUUAUAAUUGCAGAAAUUAAUUAUGAGCAAAGGUGCACGGUUGCGUGACGAUUAUAAAAUGAGGGCGUGAACAAACAGGCGGUGCCUUUUACCGGCUUUCGGAAAACCGUAGCAAGAACGUAAUUAGCCGAAGGAUGAAACCCAGAGCGAAACCGAGGGACCGGUGAGAACGGUUUUAAAUUAAAGCGUCUCUUUCGGGAGACGCGGCAACUCGCUCUGACUCGGCGCCCUGGCAUACGGUGCCAGGAGAUGCUGAAAUAAAUGGAAUAUGCCUAUAAUAGCCUGGCACGUCUCAACAUAUCACAGCAUCGCACACCCGUGGGUACACGUUAACUGCGGUUCCUCCCCCCCCCUGUGGCCAGUACCUCCCCCUUUAUUCGUCCCCUACGGCACAAACACGGCGUCAGCAGCAUUCGGCAACUCCUCGCCGAGGACGCACGCUCGCACGCUCGACCGCGCCGAAGUGCCGCCUCCGAGAGCCUGCAGCGCGUAACGCUAAGGUCGGCAUCCUCCAAGUCUGCCGGAGCCGGGGCUGGAGAUUCUAGGGGAACGAGAGGCAGGCGCACGGAGCCGAGCCGAGCCGAGGCCGCCGCCGACGGCGCGCGGGGAUGGCGUCCGCCGGCACGCAGAUCUUCGCGUUCGUCCUGGCGCUGCUGGGCAUCUUCGGGGCCACGGUGGCCACGCUGCUGCCCAACUGGAAGGUGAGCGCCGACGUGGGCUCCAACAUCAUCACGGCCAUCUCGCAGAUGCAGGGGCUCUGGAUGGACUGCACCUGGUACAGCACGGGCAUGUUCAGCUGCACGCUCAAGUACUCGGUGCUGUCGCUGCCCGCCUACCUGCAGACGGCUCGCACCGCCAUGGUGCUCUGCUGCGUGCUGGCCAGCAUGGGCCUGUGCCUCGCCUCCCUGGGCCUCAAGUGCACGCGCUGGGGGGGCGGCCGCCGCUCCAAGCGGCACACGGCCAUCGCCAGCGGGGCGUGCUUCAUCGUGGCCGGCUUCCUCUGCCUCGUGCCCGCCUCCUGGUUCACCAACGAGGUCAUCGCCAGCUUCCGGGACUCCAGCGUGCCGGAGAGCAAUAAGUUUGAGCCGGGAGGGGCCGUGUACGUGGCUUUCGUGUCCGCCGGGUUCCUCUUUGUCGGCGGCUCCAUCUUCUGCGCGUCCUGCUCGGGGAAGCGCCGGGGCCACCGGGACUUGAUCCUCACUCCCCCCGACAAACUGCUCCAGCAGCAACAGCAGCAGCAGCAGCUCCUGCAGCAGCAGCUGCAGCACCAGUACUGCUCCCUGUCGCCCCUGGACAACAAGGCCGGCUACAGCCUGCAGGACUACGUGUAACACGGCGCUCUAGUCUUUCCUGUGAGCGGCGCGGCGCGGCACAGCGUGGCGCGGCUCCCAAACGGCGAGAUGGAGGAGGAGGAGGAGAGAUGUCGGAGCGGGAGGGAGGGAGCGAGGGGAGGGGGCCUGUGACUCUGCCGCCUUCUCCCCCCACCUCAUUUUUUUUCUUCCUGUACCGCAAGCACAAGCCGCGUGGAGACAUCCCCCGAGCGACGCGUCGGCGCACACAGCCCGCGAGCACCGGGCGCCUCGGAACACGGACACGGAAGGAGAAAGAGCCAUCGAUUCAACGCGGACGCACGCCACCGGGAAAUCACGUUAAGAGUUGCUCGGGGGGGGGGAGGGGGGGUGGAUUAGCUCUAGGAAGUGUCGUCCCCCCCCCCCACUCACCAAAGGUUCGAAUUGAAAAAGCAAUCAUUUCGCUGCUAACAAUCAUUUAAUAACCUCUCAUCCAAGUAAGCUGGCAAUAUGUGUACAAAGAGGCAAUACUAUGUGGAUGCUGCUCUCGGCGAGCGUUCCCACUUUCUCGGCCACCUGCUCGGAAAACGGCGCGAACCGUUCUUCUUUCUUGGGUUUCGAGAGGGCGAAUUAUGCGGCUGAUGGCCGGUAGGGACCGUAACGCUGCCGUCGCAGCCCGUACCUCCAGAGCCGUAGUCCUUUACACCGGUGAAACUGUUCCGGAGGGAGUGUGAGAGGGAGACGAGGCCGAGCGGAUCCUCUUGUGACGAUGGCAUGAAAAAGGAUCCCCCACGCACCGGCAGCGCAGGCACAUGACAUAAUGCCGCUCUAUGCUUUGCCCCACUCGGCCUCAUCAAAAACAAGCUACACACUGCUCAUUUAUUAUGCGCGCGCACACACACACAGCCGCAUGUGCUUUUCACUCUUGCCACCCUCACUGCCAUGGUAACGGAACCCUGUGCCCAAAUAUCUUUAUUGUGCGUGUGCGUGCGUGGCCGUGCGUUGGGGGGGCCGCGGGGUGGGGGGAGGGAUCCCUCCUCAGCCCCCUGUCGAGAGCCAACAUCUGCCGCUAUCGGCCUCGCGUUCGAGGGCCACAAAGCCCGAGGACAAUGGUGGCGCGGGAGCCGACUCCCCGCUCCCACGGCCGGCCGCCUGCCGACCACCUGCCCCUCCCCCGAUUCCUCUCGCCGGGAAGCGUUACGCGAAGGAGCUGUAUGCAUAAUCCGGGAGAUUCCCUACGAGCCCGACGCCGCGCUCGAAAACGACGUGCCAAUACGUUUAAAACGAAAAAAAGCGAAUGCAAUAGAGUUCUGAAAGUGCAGGGCGAAGGUAGAGGCUGAGCAUGAUUUUUCCAGCAAAUGAUGCACUGUGCAAAUACUCAGUGGUGCAUGCUUUAUAAUCUCAGCUUUUUUUUCUUAUUUUUGGAACGGCAGCGUCCAUAUGCUGCUUGCGCACGUGCGUCACCGGCGCAUAUGCUGCCGGCCGCUACCUGCGGGAGGUCGCGCACCUGGAGCCGCGACAGCCGGCCCGCGCCGUUGCGGGCCCUCCUAAUCUGGCCUCGCGCGCCUCCGGCGCCGCCGUGGCUCUCGCGCUCUCGCUCUGGCACGGGCCGGGCGCUCCAGAGGCGGCGGGUGCCAGGUCUCCGCCGCGCUCCACGGCACGGGAAUCGGCGACUCGGAGCUGCCGGAACGCGGCCGCGCCGCUCGCAAGCUUUGCCCGGGACGCGCCGGGUUUCUUCCGCCAGCCGGAGUCCUGGCAGCGAGCAGAUGGCAGAUCCCGGCCUGGAGCCUGCGGGUCGCAGUCCCGGUCUCUGCAGGCGCCUCCGGAAACUUGGCUGCCCUUACGUGGGCGUUGCACCCGGCUACGGACAGCGGCGCAGCUCGCUGGAAACACUCGCUUGUGUUAAACACUAACGCAAUAACGUGUUCAAGACAAACUUGCGAAGGAAGCGCCCCGGUUCGGAAAGUGCCAAAGGCGUGCCGACAGCGUUAUGUACGACGUUCCUCUCGUGGGAGGUUCAAAUGGGCCAAACGGCUGGCUGUGGCCCUCGGAAGCCAGGCGAGCGGUCCUUCCAAACCGCACCGACCGCUUCGACACCCAAGAACAACGAACCGGACCUGUUUUGCUUGGGUUUUUUUUUUUUUUUUUUUUUAACCCGCACGUGUCGACCGCCUCCCCCACAGCUCCUCCAACGAGUCGACCGUCUGUCUGUAACCGCGAGUACGCUGUGCCUGUGCCGGCGGCACCGUUCCCUCCGCCUCAUCCAAACGCCAGAGCAUGCCGAUAUCUUCUUUAUAAGAAGACCGCGUAUCGAGAGCUGAACCGCGGCACCGCGAGAGGAGACGACCCUGAGAGCGCGC